AUGCUGCGUCUUCAAGAAUCAUUAUCCGAAUCCCGCUCCACGCCGGUGCGUGGUCGACCAGAUCGGAUAUCCAUCGAUGCGCUUCUUAAUCCCGCGGAGAGCGAGGAGACAGGCUCCCAACAGCCUAGAACACCCGACCAUCAGUACCACCACGGUUAUCAGAAUGGCCAGUUCUCGCCUCGCGAAGAUUUUCGGUACCGUCCCGAACAAUCAACGCCUAGUCGUGAGGAAACGUCCUUGAUUCGCCAAUCGGGGUUUGACCACGGAGACUCGGGACAGUAUCGGUAUGAGCGGUUCGAUUCGGUAUCCAGCACCUCAACCAACCCGACCGAGAGCCGUAGGCCACCCCGGCCAAAGUACGACGAGGAAGAGAUGUACUUCAUAUGGUACCAUCGCGUUGACCUCGAGAAGGAAUGGAAAGAGGUCCAAGAGUGUUACAGCAGACAGUUUCCUGGACGUCAACGGCGUGGAAUCCAAGGAAUCCAGUGCAAAUUCUACCGCUUCAUCAAGGAAAAGAGAUGUCCGACGGUUCGGGAACAACGGAGACUUCGCGAUGGCGAGUUCAUGGCACGUGGCAGAUCCCGGUCCAAAUCACUGCCUAGAUACGGAGUGGUUGAGUGGUGUGGUGCCUGGUACCCGUGGAUGAAGCCGGAGCAUGUUGCGCAUUUGCAUCGUUCUCAGCGACAACCGUUGAUGAAUUAUAGAUUCGAUCGGCUGGUCUACAUCAUCGUCGUCGUCGCCGUCAUCCUCUUCAUCAUAACAUCCGCUUUUCCUAUUGCACCAAUACCGCCGCUGAUCGAAUCCGCGUUGCCUCUCAACCAUUGA